AUGGCUGCUUUGAUGGAGGAUCAACAAACAAAUUUUAAGCAUUUUUGUAGAAUCUGCAAGAAGGGUUUCAUGUGCGGGAGGGCUUUAGGCGGGCACAUGAGAGCUCAUGGCAUCGGAGACGAGGGUGGAGCCUUAGACGACGACGACCAGGCUAGCGAUUGGGAGGAAAGAGGGAACAAUGUACCGGCGAACAAGAGAAUGUACGCUUUGAGAACCAAUCCUAACAGGCUGAAGAGUUGUAGGGUUUGUGAGAAUUGUGGCAAGGAGUUCUUGUCUUGGAAAUCGUUCCUUGAGCACGGCAAGUGCAGCUCCGACGACGCAGAAUCACUCGUCUCUUCGCCACCCUCCGACGGUGGGUACGACCGGAGGGGCUGCCACUGGUCCAAGAGGAAGAGAUCGUUGAGGGCUAAAGUGGGGAUGGGUUUCAAUUCUAGUGAUCAGGAGGAAGACCUAGCGGCUACUUGCCUUAUGAUGUUGUCCAAUGCCAGGGUGGAUCCCUUGGAGGGAGACCAGCCGGAGGAGUCCUGUGCCUCCGCCAGCAAGGAGGAGGAGCGGCGGAAUCCGGUGGCUGUUGUUACCGCUCCGGUUGGUUCCAGAGCACCUCUAGACAAGGCCAAGGGGGUUGCUAAAGGACUGUUUGAAUGCAAGGCUUGCAAGAAAGUGUUCAAUUCACACCAAGCAUUGGGAGGCCACAGAGCUAGCCACAAGAAGGUCAAGGGUUGCUUCGCCGCUCGCCUUGACGACGCUGACGAUGGCCUCGCCGACGAAGAGGUGAUCAGGCACGAUGAGUUCUCAUUGAUGUCGUCCAAACACACCUCAAGUAGUUUUCAGUUUGACCACGGCGCCCAAGUUUCUUCGCUCACCGGAGCAUCCAAGAGGAAAUCUAAAGUCCAUGAAUGUUCGAUAUGCCAUAGGAUUUUCUCGUCAGGACAAGCACUGGGAGGCCACAAGAGGUGCCAUUGGAUUACUUCUACUUCACCGGAGACAUCUUCGCUUGCUAAAUUUCAUCAGUUUCAAGAUCACGUGAAUCAGAUACAGCAAAGACCCAAGUUUACCAAAUCGGACACGCUAGAUCUCAACCUCCCGGCGCCGGCGGACGACCUGGCUGCCGGAAUAAGACGAGACCCAAUAAACCCGUUGAGCUUUGAAGUCUCUACCGAAAUACAUUUGCAGCCGUGGAUUGGCACUGACUCAGAAGGAAAGAACUAUGAUCAAGAUCCUUGUCUCCGCCGUCACCCCCGCCGCCACCGCCACGGCCACCACCACCGUGAUCAUAACAACAAUGUAGACAACGACAACGAUGAAAAAAUCAAUAAGAAGAACAAUGAACAAUACACCCCGACCACCACCACAAACCACAACAGUAUUUCAAUCCAAAACGUGGAAGAUGAAGCAGACAGUAAGGUGAGGUUAGCAAAGAUGAGUGAGCUCAAGGACAUGAACAUGACUGGUAGUUCUUCCUCAUGGUUGCAGGUUGGAAUUGGUUCGACUACUGGCGUGGGGACUGAUCCAUAA